AUGGGUCUAAAAAUAUUCGCUGUACUUCUCUUCGUGCCUGUCAUCUACGCCAAGAUCAAAGUGAACGUCGUAGCCUCAGAUAAUCAGGCGGAGCGAUCCGUGGAACUAAUCGGCAACAAUUUAGACAUCAUCAGCGAGAAAGAAAGGAACACAUUCCAGCUGUCGGAGAACAACCUGAAAGAGGCUGUGAGGAUACACUUCGGUAAACGGCCAAACGAAGCAUUCGUCCGAAGCCCCACGCCUUGGGGAGACCUCUACUCAAUGUAUGGCUGGCCUGAAGUAACCAGGAUUUUGUCCCCGCAGCGUGCUAAAAUCUAUCAAUCUUAUUCCCAACCAGCGAUAGUCCUGACGCAACAUUUCGAGAAUAACAGCACCAAGUCGGCAAUAUUCACCGCCAAGAUUCAACAAUCAGUAGAGAAUACAGUUUCCUCGACUUGGGAGAAAGGCGGAGAAUUGACAGUGGGCCAGGAGAUCGAAUACGGUUUUGAUAUCAAAGCUGUAUCGGUCGGUGGAAAGACGUCCUUCACUUACACGUCGAAAUGGGGUGAGAGCGUCAGUAAGUCGGAGACGGUCACAGUUGGCUCCAAUACUGGUGUACAGAUAACACUUGAGCCUAACCAACGAGUGGUGGCUGAGCUGUAUGCGAUGCGGGGCAAUAUGAAGUUCCAGGUGGACUACGAAGCGACCCUCACCGGUUGGACUGCUGUAAACUAUGGUGACACUUACAAAGGUCACCACUUCUGGGGCCUGGACAUUAACGGGGUGAUGAAGGCCGGGAAUUUACCCCAGACCGUCAAGUCCACAGAGGUGAUCACCCUCGGCUACUACUCCAACUCGCAUGUCAUCAUCAGGGACGCAAACACCAGCAAUAUUAUCUACACAAUUCCUUUAGCUGUUUCUGAAUAA